GCGGUGCUUGCCACGCAUUCGUCAUUUUCGGAAUUCCCACAACCCAACGACGAACAAUGGCGUCUUCACGAGAUAGAACAAAGACUGCAGCCGGCGCAGGUAUUGGUGCUGCCAUCGGGGCGGCGGCUUGGGGACUGGCGGCACCUGUGGCCAAUGCGAUUGGUUUUGGCGCAAAGGGGAUAGCAACCGGAUCCCCCGCAGCGUCCAUCAUGUCGAGGGCUGCAAUUGCCAAUGGAGGGAGGGUCGCGGCAGGCAGCACAGUGGCGGUGCUUCAAAGAAUUGGGGCUGUGGGACUGGCCACUCCCAUUGGACUGGGGCUCGUGGCAGUUGGGUGUGUAGUGGGCGCGAUGGCUACGGGGAAUAUGGCACGCACCAACCAAGAAUCAACCGUGAAAGCCACGAAAGUCCAGGAUACUUCAAAGGACGAUAGAGGGGAAGAGGACGAGAAGGCGUGGCUGUUGGUGGAAUGGGUUUCUCCGGCUGAAAAGCCCAAAGAAACGCGGUUCACGAGCGAACGAGACGCCCUGAAAGCGUUCAAGGCGAGUUCGUCGGCCAAGAAGCAGCUCUUCCGUCCCAAUAUGACGUGCGCCGAGACCAUCGAGUAA